AUGUGUUUAAAUUUUUAUUGGCAUGUUUGGAUAAGUUUUAUUGUUAAAAUGGCUUUUGCUAUUCCUGAUGCUGGAAAUAGAUUUAAAAAAAAGAAUACAAGAGCAUGUAUAUUGGUUAUUACAACUUUUGCAUAUCUAAUAUGGGGUUCUUUGGUAUUUACCUAUUUUGAAGAACCAGCUGAUGAAAAAUUAAGGAAAUCAAUUGCAUCCGACAAUUAUACACUUCAACAAAAAUAUAAUUUUUCACAUGAGGAUUUUACAGAAUUAACGGAUUUAAUAGUUAAAUCAUUACCAUAUAAAUAUGGAACACAGUGGAAUUUUCCAUCUUCUUUCUUUUUUUGUAUACUUGUUAUAACAACAAUAGGAUAUGGUCAUUCAACACCAGUUACAAUUAUGGGAAAAACUUUUUGUAUGUUUUAUGCACUUGCCGGAAUUCCACUAGGACUUAUAAUGUUUCAAAGUAUAGGUGAAAGAAUUAAUACAUUUAUAAAAAUUAGUUUAACAAAACUUUCUAAUAUAAUUUUUAAUUUAACAAAAAUUAGAAUAUUAAAAGAUGUUAGUGAAAAACAUCUUAUAUUUACAUCAUUAUCUAUGGGAACAAUAGUUAUGAUUUUUGGAACAUUUGUUUUUCAUAAAUAUGAAAAUUGGAAUUUAUUAGAUGGUUAUUAUUGUACAUUUAUUACACUUAGUACAAUAGGUUUUGGAGAUUAUGUACCAAUGCUUCAUAAAAAAUUUGGUGACUCAAGUGAUAUUGCUUACAUUAUAUUUACUUUACUUUUUAUUAUGUGUGGUUUAGCAAUAUUUUCUGCUUGUGUUAAUCUUCUAGUAUUAGGUUUUAUGGCUAGUAAUUAUGAUAUUGUAACAGCAGCAUCAAAAAGAUUUAGGCAAAGUUUUGUUUAUAGAAGUUCAUUUAAAGCUAUGAGAAGAUUAUCAAGACGGCCUUCUUUAAGAUUUAAUUUACAAAGAAAAGAAAAAAUAGAAAAUAUACAAUGUAAUGCUGAUGAAAAAUUAAGAAAACUUUCUAGAGAUCGAAGGAAAACAAUUCAUAGUGUGCCAUUUCAUGAUAAAGAUGAUACAAUUAUAGAAGAGGCAAGAGAAGAAAUAAGAAAACAUAGUAGAAUUGAUUGUCCCACCAGAAAAUUAUCACAUUUAGUUAGAUUUUCUUCCUGUGAUAAUAUAGUAAUUAAAAUAGAUAGAAAAGAAAGUGAGGUUGAUUAUAAAGAACCAACAUGCUGUAUUGUUAAUGGACCAAUUGCACGUUUUAAGGCACAUUUAAUAAAUGAUGUAAAAAAUGAUAAUACUAGUAAAGAAAAUCAUCGGGUACCAUUUUCAGUAAGGCGUCUUCCAAACUCAAAUAUUGAUCAUUUAAUUUUAUACAAUGUCUAA